AAUGUAACGUGAGACAUGUUGGGUGCUUUAGUUUCUCAUGAGUUUUAGACCAUUCCAUUGGUCCUUAAAGUCCUGGCUAUGCAAAACCAGCAGGACCACUGCUUCAGAUCUCUCUGUGACAACAGCAGACAACAAUAUACAGAUCUGUGCAACCACACUAAAAUUUUAGUAAUGGAACGAGGAAGAGGAAUGAUUCUGUUCCUGUUGACACUCUGGCUGCAAGACUUCACUGGUCAAUGCCAAGUUUCAGGGCAGCCCUCUAACCUGAAGAUAGUUCUGCUGGGGAAGACUGGAUCAGGGAAGAGUACAACAGGAAACACCAUCCUGGGGAGGGAGGUGUUUAAAGCGGGGGCUUCUCCAGUGUCUGUGACUGCACAGAGUGAGAAACGGAGUGGAGUGGUGGAUGGGAGGAAGAUUGAUGUCAUCGACACCCCGGGACUCUAUGACACAACAAUGUCUCAAGAAGAGAUGAAAAGUGAGAUAGAAAAGGCCAUCUACAUGUCAGUCCCAGGACCUCACGCCUUCCUGCUGGUGAUCAGACUGGGGAGGUUCACAGAGGAGGAGCAGAACACUGUGAAGUGGAUCCAGGAGAACUUUGGAGAAGAAGCAUCAAUGUACACCAUCAUUCUGUUCACUCAUGAAGAUCAACUGGAGGGUAAAUCAGUGGAAGAGUUUCUGGCUGAGAGCAAAGAGUUACGGAAACUCAUCAAUAUCUGUGGGGGCAGAUAUCACUCCCUAAUCAAUGACAAGAGAGAAGACAACACUCAGGUCCCAGAGCUGCUGAAGAAGAUAGAGGAGAUGGUGAAGAAGAAUGGAGGAAAACACUACACCAAUGAGAUGUACCAGGAGACCCAGAGGAAGAUCGAAGAGGCCCAGAGGAAGAUCGAAGAAGAGGAGGAGAGGAAGAGACAGGAAAAGGAGAAGAGAGAGAGAGAGAGGAGACAGGAGGAGGAAGAAAGAAGAAGAAGAGAAGAGAAAUUGAAUGAGUGCAAGUGGUCAGCGUUUGCCAGUACAGCUGCAUUGGGGUUGGGAGCCAUGUACAGCUCUCCAUGGUCGUUAGCAGCAGGGGCUGCAUUAGCCGCUGUUAAAGGUUAUCAGUGCAUGGACACCUAUUUCACCUCAGAAGACCAGGAGAAAUAAGAUUUCCACAUCCACCAUCUCAGAUUGUUUUGAAAUUAAGAUGAAUUAUUAUUGUGUCUCUGAGAAAUUAAUAAAUAAAUACAAUUUAUUGUGCCUAAA